UCUCAUCCCCUGCAUGAUUCCUCAGCUCGAUUUAUUCAAGAAAAAACCAGUGCAAGCAUGCAUCACUGGACGUCAUUUGGAGAAAGUAAAACCCCUGUCGGCACUGCCCGAAAAGCCAGACGUCAUCGAGUUUCUGUCACCCGGACGGCCUUUGCAUUAUUUAGACAUCAACAACCUGAUUUUUCGAGUUGUUGUGUCAUUAAAGCGAGAGGCAGGGGGAGACAUGGCGGCAGCCACAAAAGAUUAUUCCGUGGUGGAUGUGCCACUACACAGCAUCACAUCCCAAUGUGAAAUAUUUCUGAGCGAGGAACCGGCAACAAAAUGGCCGCAUCUUUACAAUUACAAGAGUGUCCUUGAUAUUUACACCACCGCCGGAAAGGAUGCUCGUGAAGGACCCUUGUCCACCGUCAUUGUCAAGCCCGACAAAUCGGGGACGGACACGGGCGACGACAGCGCGUGGGCAGAACGUGAAGCUAUAUUCAACGCUUCACAGAAAGUGGAACUCAUGGGAAGACUCCGUGCUGACAUUUGCAACCUGCAGGACGGUGCGUUCGUGUUGGACAACGUGCCCCUCCGUGUAAAAAUGACCCUUGCUCCACAAUCCUUUUAUUUGUGGUCCAAAGAUGCGAAUCACACCGAUGUAAAAAUGGCGUUCCAUGACGCCGAGCUGUACGUGCCUUAUUUCGUCGGCAACGCAGAGAUGGCCAUCGGCAUCGAUAUGGCGCUCACGCAGCAACCGGCCACCUAUCAUUAUAAAUCCUCUCAACUGAAAGUUUUUGUGCAUCCAAUUCAAACUCCCAAUCUGACCAUUCCUGUGGCAUUCAGCGGCAAACUUCCAUCCACAGUGAUGUUUGCCAUGGUCGACGCCGCCAACUACAACGGCAAUGUCAGCGCCAAUCCCUACGAUUUUGUUCACUCCGGGCUGCAAGAGCUCACAUUCCUCUGCAACGGCACAGAACGGCGAUUUUUGAUGAACAUGGACCUGGCCCAAGGGUGCUCUACGGUUGUGCAUAGCAUGUACGCCGACUUGGGACACGACUUGGAGGAGGCCGGUGGACAUUUGUUUAAUGUCGAAUCGCUGAAAAAUGGCAAAUUCGUGUGCGCGGUCGACCUGACGAUUGACCAUAGUGGAAGAAUGAUUCAGAAUUUGGAUCGGUUCGGCAACAUCGGCAUUCAGGGACGAUUCAAAACGGCGCCCACUCGCGCGCUGUGCGUCAUUCUGUACGCCCAGUACGAUUCCACGAUGGAAAUCAGUUCGUCUCGGCAGGUCAGCGUGUAUUGACCAUGAGGCACUUCACAUCGGCCCUGUCUACCACAGACAUCUUGGAAGUGGCCCAUGUACACCCCGUUCUGCAGCGCUAUCAUGAGGGCACCUUUCCCCUCGAUGCUCUGCCUAAAUUACGCAUCACGGGCAAACGACCGCGCCAUAUUGUAUAUAAUACGUCUCCCUCAACGAAACCUCCGGGCACCCACUGGAUAUCUAUUUGGUUAUCCGCCGACACGACGGCUGAAGUGAUGGACAGUCUGGGAGGGCGCAUGUUGCAGCCCGAGGUCCUUGAAUUUUUACGACGAAAUGCAAGUCGUACUGUACAUAAUGUAAAACGCAUACAGAAUUUAGCAAGUAAUGCAUGCGGGCUGUAUUGUCUCAGCCAUGGUCUGGCCAGAGCUAGAAAGCAAACACUAAAAGCAUGGCUGUCUCAAUUUUCUGAGUGUACUCUAAAGAACGAUCAGUUAAUGCACUGCGAGUUUAUGCGAGAGAUGGCGCUGCCGGCGCUCUUCACGCCGCGAUUGCGCAACUGGAAGGACGCUGUAGCACGCGCGUGCCGCGCAGUCCAGUGCACGGACGCCAGUCGUGCCGAAGAGCCCCAACAAACAGCAUGGAUCAAGCGCAAGCGACACCCUUUGAAGUCCCGCUGGACAUAGCGAUGCAGUGCUUCAACGAUGCCAACGACGCGAAAAUGCUGGAGCGCUACAUUGCAGAACUGGAGCGAAAACAGGACGCGCAUCAGCAGCAACAGCCGCAGCACACUCCAGCCUCUUCCCUCGCCCAAGUGAUCGUUCCAGAACGAGCUAGAACGCCUGCACCGCGACGGGCGCGGCAAGCAGUGAGAAAGCCCCGACUGGCGAAGACAAGAAAAAACGCUCCGAAAACCGCGUCUUGCUCCACAUCGAUGCUUGCGCCGCCAUCCGAACAGCACCGCCAGAUGUGCAGCUUGCCCCAACAUUUGUGCCUUCUCUUAAAAAUGACAGCGUUUCAUGCCUGUCUUCAAUCCCAUACCAUGGCCGUCA